CCCGGCCCGGCCAGGCCCGGCCCGGUCCUGCCAAGAGUAAGUGCUGCUGAGCGGAGCCGGCACCCACCCCCAGCCCAGCCAUGGCCUCGCUGGACACGCUGACGCUGCUGAGUGACCCCCCGGAGCCCCUGCUCCUGCUCGGCCCCCGCCGGUCCCUCGGGCCCGGCCCCCGCCCCGCCCCCGCCAUGGGCAGCGUGGGAAGCGGUGUGGCCGGAGAGCAGGAGUUCGCCAUGAAGAGCGUGGGCACGCGGACGGGCAACGGGGCGUCGGGGGGCCGCGGCUCGGACCCCGCCCACAACGGCUACUCUCUGCGGGAGCUGGCCGGCCGCUACGGCUCCGAGGAGAAGGCUCUCAAGGCCGCGGAGAAGGGGGCCGCCGCCCUGUUCCUCAACGGGGACCCUCGGACGGCCGGGGACCGGGCCCAGACGGACGCGGGCAGCGGCGCCCCCUCUGCCGGGCAGCGGACCCUGCCUCCGCCACCCCAGUACCGUGAGCCCACCCACCCGCCCAAGAUCCUGCCCGUCUCUGGAAAGCCGGACCAGAGCACUGAGCCCCUGGUGCGGCCCUCGGCCUUCAAGCCGGUGGUGCCCAAGAACUUCCACUCGAUGCAGAACCUGUGCCCGCCCCAGGGCAACGGGCUGGCAGAAGGGCCCCGGGGCCUAGCGGGCAGUGGAUCCAGCCCAUCGGGCCUGAAGGGGGGCGGAGUCCUGGAGAAGGGCCGGGCGGCCAACCCGGGAGGGCUCUCCGACUCCGGCCGCAACUCGCUGACCAGCCUGCCCACCUACGGCUCCGGCUACAGCCAGCCCCUGGGGCCCCUCAGCGCCUCCACCAGCCACAUCAACCGUGUCGGUACCUCCUUCUCAGUGGACAGGGCCGGGGCCGGGGCCGGGGCCGGAGGAGGAGGAGGAGGAGGAGGAACGGGGACCGGCCCCAACGAGACCUCUACCUCAGACAGCGGGCGGUCCAGCAGCAAGAGCUCGGCCUCCUUUGGGCGGCUGCAGCCUCUGGGCGACGGGCUGGCCUUCCACUCCCCAUCCACGGACGACGUCAUCCAGGACCUGGAAGACCGACUGUGGGAGAAAGAACAGGAAGUGCUGCAGAUGCGUCGGAACUUGGACAAGAGCGAGGCCGCCAUCUUCCAGGUGUUUGAGGAGAAGCAGAAGGUGUGGGAGCGGGAGAUGGAGGAGUUGCGGCAAAACUGCGCCCACAAGCUGCAGCAGGUGUCUCGGAAGGCCCAGCGGGCACAGCAGGCCCUGCAGCUGCAGGUCUUCCGACUGCAGCAGGAGAAGCAGCGGCUGCAGGAGGACGUGGGGCGGCUGCUGAGGCAACGGGAAGACCUGGAGGAGAAGCUGGCGGCCGCCCGGAAGGAGCAGGCGGACGUCCUGCCCAAGAUCGAGGAGACCAAGUGGGAGGUGUGCCAGAAGGCGGGCGAGAUCUCCCUCCUGAAGCAGCAGCUUAAGGACUCGCAGGCGGAUGUCUCCCAGAAGCUGAACGAGAUCGUGGGCUUGCGGGCGCAGCUGAAGGAGGGCAGGGCGUCCCUGCGGGAGAAGGAGGAGCAGCUCCUCAGCCUGCGGGACUCGCUGGGCUCCCAGCAGGCCAGCCUGGAGCUCCACGAGGGCGAGGCGCAGCGCUCCCGGCCCGAGGCCCAGGCCCCGCGCGGCCAGCCCGGACACUGCCAGCGGGAGGCGGCCGCGCUGCAGAGGGCGGGAGCCGUCGACGAGGACGACGAGGACGAGGGCCCGGCCGCAUGCGAGAGCGACGAGGCCAAGAUGCGGCGCCAGGCGGGGGCCGGGGCCGGGGCCGGGGCCGGGGGCGACGGCGCGGCCGGGGCGGAGGCGGGCCCCGCGGCGCGGCUGCGGCGGGAGCUGGAGCGCCUGCAGGGAGAGCUGUUGGCCGAGCGGCGGGAGCGGCAGCGCCAGGGCGCGGGCUUCCAGGAGGAGCGGCGCACAUGGCUGGAGGAGAAGCAGAAGGUCAUCAAGUACCAGAAGCAGCUGCAGCUCAACUAUGUGGAGAUGUACCAGCGCAACCAGCAGCUGGAACAGCGGCUCGGGGGGCUGGCCGGCCCCGGGGCCCCCACCCCUCCCCCCGGCGACGAGAAGAAGGCGUGGACCCCUUCCCGCCUGGAGCGCAUCGAAUCCACCGAGAUCUGAAGCAGCACGGCCUAGCGGGUGGGGCCCGGGCCUGGGAGUCGGAAGGAUUCCUGGCGCUGCCACCUCGCUGCCGGGUGGCCUCAGGCGAGUCACUUCACUUCCCCGGGCCUCGGUCCCCUCAUCUGGAAAAUGGGGACAAAGGCCGCGAGCCCUACCUGGGACGGGGACUGCGCCCAACCCAGUCAUCCUUCAUCCACCCCGGCGAUUAGAACGGUGCCUGGCACGUAGUGAGUGCUUCACCACUACCAGGAUUGUUAUUAAUCAUCAUUAUCUGAGACCUCCUGCCCCCGUCCCCCUGUCCCCCCGUUCCCGGUGCACAGCCGAGGCCUCGGGGGUAUCCGGGCCUAGUCGUCGACGUUCACCUUGGCGAGACUCAGCCUCUCGUCCCACCUGCCCCUAUCCGACUGGGGUUGGCUUCGACUCCAUCUUCUCACGUCUCCGCACUGAUUUUCGGCCACAUUGGCUAUCGGCGUAGCGCCCCGCCCCCUGUUCAAUUCGAACCCAGACCCCCGGCCCCCCAUCGCCGUGGCCCUGGAACGCCCUCCCCCCACCCCAAGGCGCCUCCCAACCGAAGAGGUUGAAAAAGCUGCCCGUGCUAGUUGUCCUUCUACAUCAGCCCCUGUCGCCUGACCCCCUUUCCCCCGGGUGCCCUCGGCUGACCGUCUACACCGUCCGUCUGGGCCCUCGACCCCGCUCCGGCGAUCCAGCUCGUCCACCCAGCUCGUCCACCCCUCCCACCUGACCCCGGCACCCGAUUCCCCCCACGUUUUUCCAAACUGCCCCCCCCCCCCCCCCGCCCUACGGAAGGUCUGGGAGCCUGGGUGGGUCUAAGGAAGACAGGGGAGGGGAUGCAGUUCUGCCAAGGGAGGGGAUGGAUGGCCCCCUCUAGACUCCCAACCCCCACACCGCGCGCUGUCUUGUCGUCUUCAUGUCGUUGAGAGGGCGAGGGGGCUGGGCCCGUCGGAGCCCUUGCCGGCCCCCACCUCCCCUCUUCUCCCUGCCCCCGUUCCAGCCCCGCGCCAAAUCAGCACUUUAUCUCGGGCCCGCUGGACCUCCUGCCUGCCCGGCCCAGACCAAAGCCCGGGGCAUCCUGGCCGCCCCCCCGCGCCCCAUCAGGGCGUCAGUCGCAGCCCGAAGCCCACCCCCUCCCCACCCCCCACCUGGCCCCCUGCUAGAACCUCAGGCCGUCCCCGGGUGGGUGGGGGGAGGUAGAAAGGGUGAAGCCUCCACUCUACUCUCCUUUCCCAUCCAAAUCACUGCAUAGGCGGGAACUAUCUGCAAUUGCCCCCUCCCCGCCCCAACCAACCAAGACUGGCACUGCCAGGGGGCGUGGCUAAAGGUAAUACCUGCCUCUGCCCCCCCCACCCCCGGCCCCAAACCCUCUCGGCCCUGUAUGUUGCUCCCUCUCCAGUGGCACAGUCGUGCCAGCUGGAUGCGGGGGGGUGGGGGGCGGCCUGCUCCUCCGCCCCCUCCAGCUGGAUGCGGUGUCUCCCGGGGUGGGAGCAGGGCCGCCUGGGCAUUAAAUUCACCAGCAAUAAAAAUCCCGGGGGGGGGGGGGAAGGGGGCCGCCCCUCACUCAGCAGCCCACUUCUGGCUGCCCUGUUGACCCCCGUGGCCACAUUUAGGACCGGUGGUAGGGGAGGAGCGACUGUUCCUUCUGACUGUGACCCGUGGGCUACCCCCACCCCCUGCCCCCCGCCCCUGGUCUCUGGAAUCGUCGAUCUAUAGUGUGUCGCGCUGACUGUUCUCCAAAACGUUUUUUCCCCAAACCUGCGGGAAGGACUUGGGCCUCUAAUCCCUGCUCCCCCAUCCCCCCGUCCUCAGCCCAUGUAUUUUAAGGAGAAUUUCGGCAUUUUGUAUACUCCUCCACCUCCCUUCCCCUCACCUUGCAGCGGCCCUGCCGUCCACCUGACUUGUACAGUCCCCUCCUCUUGACCCCCUCCCCACGAAUCCAUGGGGCGACGGCGUAAGGAGCAAAACAAAUCAGAACGGCUCCUGCCGUUUGGUUUUCAAAGAAAGUUAUAUAUAUAUACAUAUAUAUAUAUAUGUAUAAAGAUAUCUAUAUCACCACAGUCUGUCCGUCUGACUGGGAAGAAUCUUCUUUUUCCCAAAAGAAAUAAAAUGAAGAAAGGCUUCUUUUCAACUGUA